UUAUCUUUUUACCUCAUCUUCUGUUCCCAAUUUUCUCAAAGAGUCCAGUCCAUGGACUCCACCACCACUAUCUUCAACUUCAUCUUAUUUGCUCUUCUAGUCUCAAGCACCAGAGCCGUGAACCCUUGUGCUUCUCAAGCGGACGACCCGGAUCUUUCCAUCAUUCCCAUCUACAGCAAAUGUUCACCUUUCAUUCCACCAAAACAGGAUACAUUGGUCAACACACUCAUCAACAUGGCCUCCAAAGACCCACAAAGGCUCCAGUAUUUGUCGAGCUUGAAGGCCCAAAUGACCACUGCUGUCCCAAUUGCUCCAGGACAGCAUGUCCUAGACGUCGGCAACUACGUAGUCCGGGUCAAGCUGGGCACUCCGGGUCAACCCAUGUUUAUGGUCUUAGACACUAGCAAUGAUGCUGCUUGGGUACCCUGCUCUGGCUGCACUGGUUGCUCAAGUUCCACUUUUAUUACCAAUACUUCUUCCACUUAUGGCUCAUUAGAUUGCUCCAUGGCUCAAUGCACCCAAGCCCGUGGAUUCUCUUGCGCAGCCACCGCUUCUUGCCUUUUUAACCAAACUUACGGCGGAGAUUCCUCUUUCUCAGCUUCUCUUGUGCAAGAUUCUUUGAGAUUAGCUAAAGAUGUGAUACCAAAGUUUGCUUUUGGAUGCAUCAACUCUAUCUCUGGUGGCUCAAUCCCUCCUCAAGGGUUGUUGGGUUUGGGUCGUGGACCCUUAUCUUUGCUUUCUCAAUCUGGUUCGCUUUAUUCGGGUGUGUUUUCAUAUUGUUUACCCAGUUUCAGAUCUUACUACUUCUCGGGUUCGCUCAAACUCGGACCGGCUGGUCAACCCAAGAAUAUUAGAACCACCCCACUUCUACGAAAUCCACACCGGCCAUCACUAUACUACGUGAACCUCACCGGAGUUAGUGUAGGUCGGGUUCGAGUACCAAUUUCCCCGGAGCUCCUAACCUUUGACCAGAACACUGGAGCAGGGACCAUAAUUGACUCAGGUACAGUGAUAACCAGAUUCGUUGAACCGAUUUACGCAUCAAUCAGGGAUGAGUUCAGAAAACAAGUGAAAGGGCCAUUUUCAUCUCUGGGUGCAUUUGAUACGUGCUUUGCAGCAACAAAUGAAGCGGUAGCACCAGCUAUAACGCUACAUUUCACAGGCCUGAACUUGGUUUUGCCUGUGGAGAACAGCUUGAUACACAGCAGUGCAGGGUCGCUGGCGUGUUUGGCUAUGGCUGCCGCACCAAAGAACGUGAACUCGGUGCUUAAUGUCAUAGCUAAUUUGCAGCAGCAGAACCUCAGGAUCUUGUUUGAUGUGCCCAACUCUCGCUUGGGAAUAGCCCGUGAGCUGUGCAACUAGAUUAUUAUAUAUAAAUUUGUAUGUUCUAAUGUUUUGAGAAAUCAUAUGUUACCAUGUAAUGUAGGGUUAGUGGAUUUAAUAAAUGGGAAAAGUCCUAUAGUUA